AGAAGACGAAGAAGACGAAGAAGAAACAUUGCAGCACUAGGUGCUGUUCCGUAGAGCCUGGUGGUGUUCUUCGAGGUGGAGUUGGAGGAGGAGUAGGACUAGGAGGAGGUUUCAUCGCUGGCCUCGGGCGCGGGUUAGUGGUGGCUGAGAGGGGCUGGUAUCCAAGAAUUUGACGUGUUUUCGCGAACAUCGGCCAUGCGUUGUCAAGUACACUGGCGUGGUUAGUUCAGGGGCUGGAACUUGGAUUAAGCGCUGGGAGGCGUCGUUGUUAGUUAAUUUAUAGCAGGUGGUGGUGUUUGGCUUGGGGGAAGAGACAGAAGGAGUGAGUCUUGCGCCGGUAGUUUGUGGCGAUGGAGAUUUUUGCGUUAGAAUUAUAAGAGGUGUAAUUGUGAUCACGGGGUUAGAGCACAGGGGAGAGCUUGAGAAGGUUUUGGAAGUCGAUGGCGCAGGGGAGAAAGGGUUGUAGGCUUCAGUGAAAGUGGACGGAAAUAGGCAUCGAUGGUGCGAAAUCGACAACACGCAUAAAUUGCCACUGGGAAUGCGACGACAGAGCAUUGUUGGCUUGUGUUGAAUAUCCUACUCCUCAUUCCGUCUAUCUUGAAUUUCAUAGCUCCGGUGUUCACUUGCGUAAUGCGGUUAGCCCGCGUGGAACAGAGCUCUCUCCGAAAUGUCUGAACCUCGACCGUCUCGACGUGGCGUGGAAGAAGCGAAAGCUCUCCUGCACGAACGUAGUUUGUGGAUGAGCGGAGGAGAACCUCUAGAUUCGUACCUGGAUGAUUUCCGGGCUCUAGGGCAGUUGCAAUGCACAUAUGUAUGGACCAAGGACGUGGUUGCUUAUCGCUGCCGUACUUGUCAAAUGAACGAUUCUAGUGCAAUUUGUAAUUUAUGUUUCCAGAAUGGCAACCAUUGGGAUCACGACUAUGUGAUGUAUCAUAGUGCAUCUGGUGGAUGCUGUGACUGUGGAGAUCUUGCUGCUUGGAAAGAAUCAGGGGCCUGUGCUGCCCAUCAACGUCUGCAUGUGCAAGAACCAAAAUUAAAGGAUGAACUUUUGGAGCCGACUCAUGUUGUCGUGCAAUAUGUGCUCCGGGAACUACUAGUUUGGGUUAAGAAACUUAAAGUUAAGCUGAGUUAUCAGCGAAAACUUUUCGAUCAGAACACUGACUUGGAAGUCGCAAUGGCCAUGAUAUAUUUGGAUUGGUCACAGAAGGUUUGUGCUGUAGACGCGUUGCGCAGCAUUGUUUGUAAUGAAAUAAUUGAUUAUGGAAUCCCAUGCCAGACUGACGCUCCGACGUCGGCAUUGGAGAUCUUGUUGGACUGCUUAGGUUGGAUGCCGGACAAACUUAUUGAAGCGGAGACAACUUUGUUCUUACAAUUAUUGUAUAAAAAUGAUUUUAAGGAUAAGUUUCUAAAUCUUCUAAGGGAAAAGUACGAGAAGAUGAUUUUCCUUGCCAUCCGUAAUAAAGAAUAUAUGAAGAAUUACACACACCUUGAUACAAACUUAGAUAGAGUAAUGGUGCAGUUAUUUAAUGAUCCAGACAUGACAACUCGCCUCAUUCAUAAACAUAACUUGCUUGAGUUAUUUAUUGGAGUUUUCUCUAAAGUUAUCGCUUGUUCUGCCGAAAAUAAUGAGCUAGCAGUUGUCAGUUUUGACGGUGACGCAAUCAAGUGUAAGGUUUACCUUCGGCCUCAAAGUGAUUUGCGACUAGUCGUCUCACAUAGGAAUAUUGCGAUUCAUAUGCUUUCGAAGCAGCCUCAACUUUUUCCACAUAUUCUCGAUGUGCUCGUUAAAUUGCAGUGGAUGAAUGCUUAUACUCGUGGGGGAGACGGCCAUGUAUUUGAGAAGACGUGGACACUUGCGAUCCAACUUGAGAUGAACAGUAUGGCAAUAAUUUUUCAGCUGAUCUCACGCUGCUUUCAAGAUCCCCUAGGCAGGAAAAAAACUCUUGUCACUGCAGCUACUUACACAUUCAAGGUCCUAAAGCAGUACUUAGAGCAGGUUAAGCGCAUAUCUGAUCAAGACAAAUACAGUGAUAGCACAGUUUCGCUACAUAUACCGCUGCACAGGGCAUUAAGUGCAAUCCUACAAAAGCUUGUGCUCAUAUCUUGGGGGAAUUACGAGAGGGGCUUCCUAACUGCUCUGAAAGAGGAGGGUGUUUUCAAUUUUACCGAAGAUGAGGUGCUGGCUCUCAUGGAUCAUCCUCUUCGCAUAUUGGUCUGGAUGGCACAGAUUCGCGCUCAAAUGUGGUCAACAUUGGAACAUUUUAGCCGUCUAGAGCUUAUUUACAGAGGAAGUUUCUGGCAUGAUCAGUCAAUGGACAUGGAUAUAUUACUACUACAAUUUUGCUCUGUUGCUUGUGAAGAUUUGCAAGGCAAAAUCUUUGUAAAGAUAGCGGAGCUAUUCAAUUUCAAAAGUAUGGCAACAACUCGCACGAUUCCUGGACAGCGAAAUUGCCGACAGGCAGAGAUUAUGCUUUUGCAAUCAUUCAUGCGAUUGAUUUUGCUGGUUGUGCGUGAACGCCGCAAUUUGGGAAGGACAGAAGAAGACGAAGCACAAGGUAAAUGUCUGCAGUACGAUGUCAUACAAUGGUUGUGUGUUCGUGAUCAGACUUACUCUCAGCUUUGUCGGGCAUUGGGCUCGACCUCCAUAGAGCAUCAGAAAUUGAAUGUUGUGUUGGAUAGAGUAGCUGUCUACCACGAGCCUAAGCAGGUUGCUCAUCAAGGGUACUAUCAACUAAAAUCAGAGUACUGGAAAGAGUUCGAUCCUUUGUUCCCUCAUUACUAUCUCAACGAGUUGGAGGAGGCUGAGGAUAGAGCUGUUAAAGUUGGGAAAUCAGAUCAUUAUUGGCGGAUUUCAGCACCAUCACCUGCUGGUGCACCCUACGACCGGCUUUCUGGUCUUCUUCACACAAAGGCAUGCCAUCUGUUUCUGCUAAACGUACUGGAUGAGGUGAGAUUUCUUGUCGAAAGGGAUACAACAGUAACAUCUGGUGAAGCUCUCGGUGUUACUGCUCUGCAAAUGAUGGCUGUUCUAGUAUCAGAUUCCCGCAACAAUUUAUGGGAUGCUGAUUUGAAGGCCCAGUUUCCGGAUUCAGUGGAUGAGUAUCCUACCGAGGACAUCACUGUCAACAUCUACGUGCAGGUUCGAACAGAGUAUGGGCCACAUCUGAGCAUCUUUCAGAUGCUACAGGAGCUAGUUCGUGCUAAUCAGUGCACUCGUUUGGUGGAUUCGAUUAAUCAUGUCUUUGAGUUCCUGCAUGUUUCGACUCAUGAAAAGUCUCGUGCUGCUGAGGUUGACACUCUUAGUGCUGAAGACAUUCAGCGCAGACUGCGUAAAGAACUGCGCCAAAAAGCUAUCCUUGAAGAGUUUUCUGCCAAGCGAAAGGCUUUCAUGGAACUACAGAGCGACUGUGAUGAUGACGAAAACUCUGAAGAUGGUUCCGAGAUGGAAGCCUGCAGUAUUGUUAACGAAAGCCGCGCUUGUAAAAGUGGGUCUGUUCCUAUUUCUGAAACACUUCGAAAAGCCACCACCCCUGUGACAGAUGCUGAUCACGUGGCCAUGGAAGCUUCAUCUAAGGCCAAGGAGUGCGCUCUUUGCAAAACAAAAAAGGAUGAUAAGAACUCUUCACUAUGCUGGAUUGCUUUAGUGCAGCGGUAUAAUUUUCCGAAUCAAGUCCUGAGCAGAGGGGAACAAAUGAGGAAUACAGGGGAAACGGAUAUUUCUCAUGUUGGCCAGUUUCAAGGAUUGAACUUGAAUGAUGACCUCGAUCAGCUGGUUACUGUGGGGUACUUCGCUGAAUCGGGAAAUGCUACUACAAUCGAUUUAUCUACCCUUGAGCAUGUUCAAUGCUGUGGUCAUCAGAUGCAUUAUGAUUGCUUCCAAGAUCACAUGAAGAAUCUUCAAUUGAGUUGUAAUGCUGGGAACGAUGUCGUGAACCCCUUGAAUGGGGAAUUCUCGUGCCCAAUCUGCCGGCGAUUAGCAAAUGUCCUUCUGCCAGAUGUGGAUGCAUCUAUAUCGUCUAGAAAGAUGGACCUGCACGAAGACGUAAAAGGGGCGGAUGAAAUAGGGAGUGAUUGGAGUAGUUUUUGGCAAUCAAAUAAGAAUCUAGAAAACUCUAUGGAUUCUUUUUGUGUUCAGACGUUGAGAGUUCGCAAGCAGUAUCCACACUCGUACUUUAAUACGCCAAGCAGUUGCGCAAGAUCACGGGUUCUUUGGGAGGAACUCGUUUUGAAUAUUGUUCAUUGCGAGGUGGAAACAAGAGAAGGGUAUGUACAGGUGGGAACCGCUUCUUCUUCAUCCCCCACAAUGAAGUUCUCCGAUGAAUGUACUUGGGGUGGAGAUUCUGCUCAUUGGACAGCUAUGCGAGAAUUAGGAAGGCUAGCCAUGCUUUCCAACACGUUUCCUGGUGCAGUGCAGGACAAGAGUCAAAGGUUGCGGGCGUUAUGGGAAUGCCUUCGAUUGCUUGACAGGAGAGAAAAUCUGGACGCGGAAAGUAUGGACACAGAGUCCUCACCUAUUCUGGCUGGGAUGAGUGAGCUAGAGAGGACUGUUCGAGAGAUGUUUCCUCAGAACCCAAUUGAUCUUGCGGAACCUUGUGAGGAUCCAGAAUUUGCACAAGUGUCUUCCCUUUACUUUCAUUGUCAGGAUGGGAGUGCACAAAAACAGGAGAAUUCACAAUUUGUUCCUGUAUCAUGCAACGUGGACAUGGGGGAAGAAGAAUUAGCUCGUACACAGACGACUUUAAAUCAAAGUGUCCACCUCGAGGAGAACAAAAACAGUCAAUUUGUUGAAUUUAAACUUGGUGAAACGUAUCCUAGUAAGCUAGCUGCUCCAGAUCCUAUUGAACACGAUCCUCAACAAAGGCACGAGAUUUCAUUUGAAGAUGCUAAAAUUGAGAAUAAGAUCAGAGAAGAAAUGAUGAUUGACGGUUGUUUGAGUCAGCCAUUUCCUAUAGAGCAGCAGCGGAAUACAUCGUCGGAUUCUUUGUCUACCUGGAUGGAAGAUAUCUUGAGAAAUGGCAUCUUAACAGCUGAUCCGUUUUGGGUCUUGGCCAUGUUGUUAAUUAUUCUUAGCAAACAACCUGAUAGGCACGUUUUGCUCUCCAUGGUGAAGUUUGCAUAUACAAUAGCCGUUUUGCAGACACAAAUCGCAGUGUCUAGGCUGGAUGUUGAAGAUUCUGAUGUGGAGACCCUUGUUCGAAGGGCUUGUCUCCCAUUCCUGCGUAGAGCUGCCAUGCUGGUGCAGAUAGUUACUCGAGAGGAUUUAAGAGAACAUGGAUUAACAGGGAUGAAAGUGAUGGAUUUUCACAGUUUGCAGUUGAUAUUGCAACUUCCAGAUUGCUCACUAAUUCUGCAACCUCAAGGAGCAACUGCGGCCAUGGUAACUCAACUGCUGCACCUCUAUCGUCCAAAAUCGUUCAAUUUUGAGAUGCAUAAAGUUCCUCGCAAGGCUCUGCUUCACAAACUGCCUCGUGUAUACCAGAAACUAUUAAUGGAGGGAUUUUACGGGAAGAAAUGUGCCGCUUGUGGAGAAACACCUCUUGAUCCCGCGAUCUGCCUCGUUUGUGGAAUGCUGCUGUGCUGUGGAGCUGAUCGCCGUGGAAACGGGAUUGGAGAAUGUUCUCAGCAUGCAGCAACUGAAUCGGCUGGUGUGGGAAUAUUCUUGUUGCUGCGUUCUACUCAACUCUUGCUCCUCCGGAACAAUCGGACUUGCAUGGGACUUUCCUUAUACCUGGACAUCCAUGGCGAUGAAGACCUAUAUAUGAGGCGAAAUCAGAAAAUGUAUUUAAGUGAUCUUCGAUUGAACGAGAUCCGACGACUUUGGAUGACUGCAGCUUUCGACUACGACUCAUACAUACUACGUAAUUCUCAAUUAAUGCGUAAAGCCUACUAGGUUUCAUCAGUUUGCGUUACCAUCAAAUUCUGUAGCAUAGUGCAUUCUUGGGUUCAACCCUAUGUGAGGUUUUACUUGUACAUUCCGAGAUCUUUUUUCAAGCUUCUGUCAGGGUCCUAGGUCUUUAUCUUCACAUAAAGUUGGGAUGAAGAAUUCUAGGAAUGAAAAAAUGUCUUCAUCCCUCUCUCGAAUGAAGAUAAUUUUGUGAUCAGGGGACUACAUCUAGAGCACAGCUCUGAAGCUGAUAAUUCCUCGUAGUUUACAGUUGAUUCCACUCGAUUUUAACAUUUAUUGAAUUGCACAUAUGCAGUCGGUCAUGGUUGUGCAAGGAGAAUUUGAUAGGUUUAGCAGCACUGGGUGGCAAACUCUGUUGUUUGCCUUAUCACCUUUGGGUGACGUCUUUUGUCUAGAUGUAACCUUCUUAAAAUUUGUGACAAAUACGCUUCACAUAGAGUUGCGGUGGGAGUUAAGUCAUCUCCCUGCACAUCUUGUCUGGGUGUACAGAAAAAACCAGAUAUAUUUGUUUACGAUCAUUGAUAACAAGAAAACUUCCCAUUCUAUAGCAUAUUUGG